GGGAGCAUGGAUGCCCCAAUACAGAGAAGCGGGCCGUCCUUCGGUGGAUUAGAUAGAUUCCCAUGUUCACCUCUCCGUCAACCAAGAAAGCAAAAAAUUGUCGCAUAGCCCGCCCCAUAUUCUCCUCAAUACUACCGUUCCCGUUCGAAAUUCCUCAAAACCCACAAAUCAAAAGGCUCGCUGCCACCAUGUCGCGCUAUUUUUCCAGACUUCUUGAGACCUCGCCGGUUAAUUGUCGAAUAAGAUCAUACUUCCAAUGCAGAAGUAGUAACUGUCAAGGUUUAUAUAAUGGUCAUCUGAGCGGAUCGUUGACAAAGAUGUUUGCAACUUCAUGUGAGAAGUUAUUGGAAGAUGCUCCUGCAGAGAAUUCUGUUUCUGAUAUGCUAGUUGAUUCCUUUGGAAGGCUACACACUUACUUGAGAAUAUCCUUGACCGAGCGUUGCAAUUUACGUUGCCAGUACUGUAUGCCAGCUGAGGGUGCGGAACUCACUCCUAGCCCUCAGCUUCUCUCGCAGAAAGAGAUUAUCCAUCUUGCAAAUCUCUUUGUUGGCUCUGGGGUGAAUAAAAUUCGUUUGACUGGUGGGGAGCCGACGAUUAGGAAAGAUAUCGAAGAAAUAUGUUUACAACUGUCUAACUUGAAAGGGCUGAAGACCUUGGCCAUGACUACCAAUGGAAUUACUCUAGCAAGGAAACUUCCAAAGUUGAAAGAAUGUGGGCUUAGCGCGUUGAAUAUUAGCUUAGACACAUUGAUUCCGGCAAAAUUUGAAUUUAUGACGAGGCGAAAAGGGCAUGAACGGGUGAUGGAGUCGAUCAACGCUGCCAUAGACCUUGGAUACAAUCCUGUUAAAGUGAAUUGUGUUGUAAUGCGUGGAUUCAACGAUGAUGAGAUCUGUGAUUUUGUGGAGCUGACUCGUGAGAAACCAAUCAACAUUCGGUUUAUUGAGUUUAUGCCCUUUGAUGGAAAUGUUUGGAAUGUCAAGAAGCUUGUACCGUAUGCAGAGAUGUUCGACAGAGUGGUUAAACGGUUUACAGGGUUGAAUAGAAUACGGGAUCAUCCCACAGAUACAGCCAAGAAUUUCAGAAUAGAGGGGCAUCAAGGCACAGUUUCUUUUAUUACAUCUAUGACGGAGCAUUUUUGUGCUGGUUGCAAUAGGUUGCGACUUUUAGCUGAUGGGAACUUUAAAGUUUGCCUCUUUGGUCCCUCAGAGGUUAGCUUGAGGGAUCCCCUUCGUCGUGGUGUUGACGAUAAUGAACUCAAGGAGAUAAUUGGUGCAGCGGUCAAGAGGAAGAAAGCUUCUCAUGCUGGAAUGUUUGACAUUGCGAAGACACCAAACAGACCUAUGAUACACAUUGGAGGCUAGGGCUUGGCAUUCUGUAUUGCUAAACUUGGGCCUUGGAGGGCUAAUUUGUUGGUGCAAAGCAGAUCUAGAGCUACACAUGGUUUCAUUCAGAUAUCACACCAUAGACACAAGAAGUUGUAAAGUCAAUACCACACAAAAGGAGAUGACUGAGAAGAAAGAGAGAAAGA